CACAAAUUCAUUUAGCCUCCAAUGCCGCUAUCUGUGCCAUGUAUGGCGCCUCCAGUGGAUACGCGCAAUGAAUUUGAGUUCAUAAUGCCAUGACCGAGGGGCAGUUACUUAUUACCCCUCCAAACCUUCCCUUUCUCUCCCUUCAUCCCCCCCUGAUCCUACUUUGACCGCGUCUCUAUACCUUGCCUCAACACGACCUUGUUACUCCUUCAAUCACCAUGGCCUCUCCCACCGUCAAGCUAAACAGCGGCUACGACAUGCCCCUCGUGGGCUUCGGUCUCUGGAAGGUGAACAACGACACCUGCGCUGACCAGAUCUACGAGGCCAUCAAGGAAGGAUACCGUCUGUUUGACGGCGCCUGCGACUACGGAAACGAAGUUGAAGCCGGCCAAGGCGUCGCGCGGGCCAUCAAAGACGGUCUCGUCAAGCGUGAAGAGCUCUUCAUCGUCUCCAAGCUAUGGAACAGCUUCCACGACGGCGACCGCGUAGAACCCAUCUGCCGCAAGCAGCUCGACGACUGGGGCAUUGACUACUUCGACCUGUACAUUGUGCACUUCCCCAUCUCACUGAAAUACGUUGACCCUGCUGUCCGCUACCCGCCGGGUUGGAUGUCCGAGAACGGCAAGCUGGAGUUCGGCAACGCCACGAUCCAAGAGACCUGGACGGCGAUGGAGUCGCUCGUGGACAAGAAGCUCGCUCGCAGCAUCGGUAUUAGUAACUUCUCUGCGCAGCUGGUCAUGGAUCUGCUGCGGUAUGCGCGCAUUCGUCCUGCCACGCUGCAGAUCGAGCAUCAUCCGUACCUCACGCAGACAAGGCUGGUCGAGUAUGCCCAGAAGGAGGGGUUGACAGUUACGGCGUAUAGUUCUUUUGGACCAUUGAGUUUCCUUGAGUUAAGUGUGCAGGAUGCGGUGAAUUCGCCGCCGUUGUUUGAGCAUGAGCUUGUUCAGGGCAUUGCGGAGAAGCAUGGACGCACGCCGGCGCAGGUGUUGUUGAGGUGGGCGACGCAGAGGGGUGUGGCGGUUAUUCCCAAGAGUAAUAACCCUCAGCGGUUGAAGCAGAACCUGGAGGUUACCGGGUGGGAUCUGGAGGAGGACGAGAUUCGGGCCAUUGCUGGGUUGGAUCGCGGGUUGCGGUUCAAUGAUCCUUUGGGAUACGGACUCUACGCCCCUAUUUUCUAAACGACCCAGCUAUGAGUGUAUAUACGAUAUAUGAA